ACUGGCGGCGAAUGAUGCUCGGUGGUGAACAGCCUUCCCUAGACUAGAGCCACGCUUUUAACUUGAUGAUUCAUCCAUCAUGGGGGAGUGGGGAUGCCGGAGUGUCUUGGUGCAUACUUCGGCAAGGCGCCUCGCUACAACCCUCUAUAUGUAUGCGGGUUCAACCAACGAGCUGCAUUCCCAUUGCGCCUUUUCUGGUAAUUUAAAAACUUUAUUAUCUGGCUGCUUGUUAAAGAAUCGAAUUAAUACUUCUUAUGGCCUAGUCUAGUGUCGUAUACUCGACUGUACACUGUCAUCGACUAUUAUUGAGUGGUCGUCGGGGGCGCAAACAUAAACUUUGCUGUACUCUAUCAACAUUGUCACUAUUCAUUUCUCCUUUCGGACUUGACGACUUAUUAUCUGUUAUGAUGGGCCUGUUCUCAACUGAUCCCGACCAACUCAAUGUCUAUGGAUACAAAUUCAAAUGGGGGACUUUGCAUCAGGCGCCAGAGGAGCUUCAACGUCUAACAUGCUCAUACGACAGUGUUGCCACGGAUGCGCUCAAUUCAUUGGACAAACUUGUUCCGCCUGGUCCCAUCAGAUCACAGAACGAGAAUCAAGAGACUAUUGAAGCAAAGAACAACAAAAAACAUCGAAAUUUGUACAAGUUAGUACGGGAGCAUGCAGAAACGAGCGAAAGCGUGGGCAAACUUUGGAGAGAGAUCAACAACAUACCUGACUGGGUUGAUUGGGAGUCAAUAGAAAGAGGUCAAAAGGUCUUCUGGCGAUACGGUGGCCCAGCAAUCACAGCUCUCACGUUUGUUUCGUUACUUGGUGGCAUGAGCAGCGGCAGGACUGUCGAGACCCUGGAUCGAACCGGAGGGUUCAAUGCACGGGUGGUUCGGCAACGCCUUCUGGAGACGACGCAGCAUACGCUAGGUGUUCACAAAGAUAUAGAAUCCAUAAAGCCUGGCGGAGAGGGCUUCGAGUCAUCUGUUCGAGUCCGGUUGCUGCAUGCGGUGGUGAGACAACGUAUUGUAAAGCUUGCCGAAGAGAAGCCUGACUACUUUGAUAUUAAAAAGUACGGUCUUCCCAUCAACGAUCUUGAUUGCAUUGGCACCAUUGCCACCUUCAGUGCAACGCUUUUAUGGAUAGGUUUGCCACGUCAAGGUAUUUUCUUAAGGCAACAAGAGAUUGCUGAUUAUCUUGCUCUAUGGCGUUACGUCUCAUAUCUUAUGGGUACACCCCAUGACUGGCUGGCCACACCCGAGACGGCCAAGGCCAUGAUGGAGUCGCUAUUAGUAUCAGAGAUCAAACCAACGAAGAAGUCUGGAACAUUGGCCAAUAACAUCAUUACCGGGUUGGAAGCACAGCCACCGACAUACGCAUCACGGGGAUUUCUCAACGCAGAAACAUACUGGUUAAAUGGUAGCGAACUAUGCCAGGAGAUGAAUAUUGAGAAACCUAGUUUGUACGAUACAGUUCUGGUAAUUGGACAGUGUUUGUUCUUCAUGAUUACUAGCUACUACAACAGAUUAAUCCCUUCAUGGGACGAGAACCACAUCAAACUAGUUCGGAAAGUACUUUACGACAUUCUCGUCCAUAAAAAGGAAAAGGGAGGAUUAGGUUACCAGGCCAAGUUCAAUUUCAAAUGGGUGCCUGACCUACAAAAUGCAACAACACCACUCGGCGAGCGGGCACCCGGGCAAACCCAGAAGACUGGGGCUUUCAGGCACUCCGGUAUUGAGAGGACUGCGUUGACGACACUUGCGUUCACAGGUGUGGUUUUAGGGUUGACCGCUUUGGGUGGUUUCCGUGUUAUUACCAGCUUUGGCAAACUCAUUUCUCGAAAUCUCGAUUGGGUCAGCGCAGUCAUCCCCAUUUCGACCCUGGCAUAGAGAGUGAACAGCCAUGUUGUAUGUCUUUUGGGAACUUAUCAUUCGUACAAGACGAGGCUUCUACAGACGUCAUAAGAGCAUUGGGUGGGUUUGGGCGAAUGUAUUCGUUGCGAUAUCGCCUGCCAGCAUCCUGUAUUUAAGCUUCUAUA